AGUUUGCGCCGCUUUUUGUGCCCCGACGUGAAAUAUUGACUGACUUGAUGUUCCUCUGCAGUGAUGUCAAUAUAAUGGUUUGGAUGUCCCUAUGAUGUCAUCAUUUGAUGGAACACUCAAUUGGACACAAUUUGAGACAAGUGCUGACAAAUUGUGGCAAAUGUCGAGUCUUAUCGGUGAUAAUUGGAUGAAACGUCAGAUCUCGACAUCGACACCGAUGGCUAAUACAGAUUCAGAGCCGAGUCGACGGAUAUUCAAUCAAAGAGAUGUCGAGUUAUGGCUUAAAUGUGACGGAUAUAAGGAUUACUUAAAUUUUAUCAAACAAUUGAAUGAAUUUGCAAAAGGAGUUCACGAAAGAGGUCUUAACAGAAGAGAAUUUGUCAAAAAUGAAGUAUUGGUAGCAAUUGUGGCACUUAUCGACCGAUUGUCACAAUUGGUCGAUGAAGUGAAACCUAUUGAAGACGACAAAAAUCAGAGAUUUGGAAAUAAAGCGUUCAGGACUUGGAUGACACAAAUGAAGACAGAAGUGGACACAAAACUGAAUGCAAUGUUUGGCGACAAAGACGCGACAGAAUUGCGGCCGUAUUUGUUGGACUCAUUCGGUAACGAACAGCGCAUAGACUACGGAACGGGACAUGAGAUGUGUUUUGUUAUAUUUCUUAUGGGUUUAUAUAAACUCAAACUAAUGAAUUCACCACAAGAUUCACUUCAGAAGGAAGUGGUCAGACGUUUGAGUCAUGAAUUGUUGACUAUCUUUGCCGUCGUAUAUCUUCCACUCGUCCGUAAGAUUCAGCUGCGCUAUCGGUUAGAACCGGCCGGAAGUCACGGUGUCUUCUCUUUAGAUGAUUUCCAAUUCUUGCCGUUUUACUUCGGGUCGGCCCAACUCAUUGGUCACUCGCAUGUCGAUCCGCAAUCAUUUCCAAACCAAGAAGUGGCCCUAAAAUAUAAAGACGACUUAAUGUUUAUGUCAGCCAUUAAUUUCAUCCACGAAGUGAAAAGAGGUCCGUUUGCCGAACACUCGAACCAAUUGUGGAACAUCUCGGGAGUCGAUGAUUGGACUAAAAUCAAUCGCGGAUUACUUAACAUGUAUUGCAACGAAUACGUCACUAAAUUACCGAUUGUCCAGCACUUGGUUUUCGGUUCCCGAAUCUUUAUCUUCAAUAAUAUUAAUAAUUAAAUUAUAUAUUUAUUGUC